UCAGAGUGAAGAGGCUAGCACCUGUGAGGUGUUUAGACUCCAGUCCUCAUUGUUCUUGUUGUGUGGUCAGGAGAGGGGGGGGGGUAGACCCAUGCAGAUGAUGAAGUGACGGGCGUGAGCACCUAAACACAAACGUGCACGCUCUUUACGUAACCACAGUGUUGUGAGAGCGAGCACGGAGCAGGACGCAGGAGUUCAUAGAGAUUCUAUUUGAAACUGUCCACAGAGUGAAGCUGAAGACGGUUACUCUUCUCCAUCCAUCAAUGAAUGAAAGGAUAUUGUUGGUUCAACAGAAAAUGACGACCAAUCCGUAUCGAGACUCCGCUCCGUGUUUCACCCAUGGGGAUGUAGAGUGGGAACUUCCUCCACCCAGCAGAUCAGAUGUGAAACCCCAGUAUGUUCAUCAUCUGGCCCCUCCGCCUGAGAUCAGCCACUCCGCUCCCAACCACAAAACUGGGAAACAGAGGUGUGUGAAGUUCACUGUGGCUGCGGUCAUCUCUCUGCUGCUCCUCCUGCUGGUCACUGGAGUCUUGCUGGCAUAUUACUUUUCCUCGGCGUGUGUGCACGGGUUACAGUGUGGUGAUGGGAGCUGUGUGUGGGAGGAUCAGUGGUGUGACGGAGUGAGGGACUGUCCCGCUGGUCAGGACGAAGCCAACUGUGUGAGGCUGCACGGCUCCAGCUUCCUCCUGCAGAUCUAUUCGCCACCGACUAAAACCUGGAGGUCCGUGUGUUCUCACGGCUGGAGCGACCUGCAGGGCAGAGCCAGCUGUCGGACCAUCGGAUACAGCAGGGGCACAUAUUUGAAAUCCGGACAACAGAAGACUGAUUCUGAUGAUGGAUUGUUAAAAGUGAAACCUGAUUUCCGCCCAGAGGUGUUCAUACUCCAACAGCUUGAGCACAGCGACUCCUGUCCCAACAACAGUGUAGUAACCUUGCGUUGCACUGACUGUGGGAGCAGGAUGAACUCCAGUGGGGCCCCUGGGGGCCAGCAGCCCACCCUCGGGUCCUGGCCCUGGCAAGUCAGCCUGCAGGGCACCGGCUCCCACCGCUGUGGAGGAGCCAUCAUCUCCCCCUACUGGAUAGUGACAGCAGCACACUGUGUGGCCAGGAGCUCCAGUCCUGCAGACUGGACUGUGUACGCUGGAGUAGUGGCUCCAUUAGACUCUCUGUUUAACCCUGCUCGCUCUGUGAGUCGCAUCAUCGCUCAUGAGGGCUUCAGCCUCCUCCCUCGCAGGAAUGACGUGGCUCUGAUGAGGCUCAGCAAACCUCUGGACAUCUCAGGUUCCAGUAACAUCAGUCCUGUUUGUCUCCCAAAUGUUGGUGUGAACGUCUCUGCUCCUCAGGACGCAUGGACAACACGGUUCGGUCGCACAGCAGCUGGAGACUCUCCACAGCUGAUGGAGGCUCAGGUCUCCCUCAUAGAAACUGCAGAGUGCAACAGCUCCAGCGCCUAUAAUGGCAGAUUAUCAGCGGACAUGUUGUGUGCCAGAGAGACGGACGGAGGAGUGGACAUCUGCCAUAGUGACAGUGGCGGUCCUCUGGUGGCCCUGAGAGACGGGCUAUGGUGGCUCCUAGGGGACAACAUUUGGGGGGAGCACUGCACCGAGAUGAACAAACCAGGGGUUUACGGCAACGUCACCUAUUUUCUGGACUGGAUCCAUCGUCAGAUGAAGAAGCAUCAAGACAACUGAUGACAGCACCAGAGAUGAGCGGAGAUGUUGGUGUGCAGACACAUUUUUCUAUAUCAGGCCCAUUUAUCACAAACAUAACUUAUUUCCUUCUUUAUUUUUCUGCUGCGUCUACAAAGUGUUGAUGCACUUAGCUCUAGAUCAAUUAUUGUAAUACUCUCCAUGUUUGUAUAUUUAUGUGAAAUAUAUAUGUUGUCUUUCAGUCUUUUUUAAAUGUGAUUGUCAUGAAUGUUGCAGUUUGAGCCAGUAAAUGGAGAUACCGUGCCUUAACACAAGAUGUCACUCACAAACCAACGUCCAGCUCCUUCCCACUGAUGAUCUCCUUAGAUGGUUUGAUCCUGAGAAACUUGUAACAAGACAAACAUGUUUUGAUUUGGUCAGGUUUUCUUUAAUUAUUAUCUACAGCACAAGAACAAUUUUGGCACAGAAGCAAAAAAAACAAAAAAACACCACUCAUAAAUAAUUCAACAUUCAAGUGUACCUUCAAUUUGAGCCGUUUGAACUUUUGGUCGACACAGUUUGGUCUCACCAUGUUUCACUCACUUCUACAUACAAAAGUGUCUCUAGUGUCAACGAUAAAAUGAUAUUUAAUAACUUUUUGUUGCGUAUCAGCUCACUGUCGUCCACAGGAUCAACAAGGUGUCUCUAGUUACAAAAAUCUUUUGGCUUCUCGUGUUGUUUGAUUUGUAUAAAAUGUGAAGUAUAAACAUCUAGUGUCUACAAAGUAAAGACUUAUUAGAAUAAUAUUUAUAAUAGUACAAUCACAUUCAAAGUAAUUUAAAUAUAAACUUGCAUGUCGGCAGAAUUAGUACAAUUACAUGAAUACAACAAAUUGCAUAACAGAUCCGGAAAUAUUGAUCUUUAACUUUAUAUUACACUUCUGAUUAACUUAAGAGAGACAAAGUGCAAUUCAGCAGAACAAGUCUCAAACAGUUCACGCACCUGUGUAGUUUUAUUCAUAUCAACAGUGACUGAUUGAGUAGCUUUUCCCCAUAACGUCAGUAGACAAAGACUUUACUUCGACUCGGGUGUUCUCCAAUAUACACAAAGGUACAAGAAACGAAUCAGAGCCAUUAGAUCUUUAAACAAACCAAAGGAAACAUGGGUCGGUCUAGAGACACAUUUAAAGGGUCGUCGGUGCUUUGAAAUGAAUAAUGCUGCACAGUUUGGCCUGGAAAUGACACAAGUAACAUUUCACUUAUUCACGAAGGCACCAGUGAUUUUUGACCGUGUGCUGCCCACCCACAGUCCUGUCAUUAUUAUGAGGAAUAAACUCUGUCCUUACAUA